UCCUUCCUCCGACAGAAACGCGUUAUGAAAAAGCGCUUAAGUUUGGACCUUCUGAUUUUCCGUAUAACAACAAACAUGGCGUCUUCCUCUGAUGUUCAUGUCCGAAUAUGUGGCCAAGAAAUCAUCAAAUACGACCUGGAAAUCAAAGCUCUUAUUCAGGAUAUCAGAGAGAGCUGCGGGCCACAGGCGGUAGUGACGCAGCUCAACUCUACAGUAAAGGAAAAAUUCAGUCUGUUAAGACAGAGAAUACAGGACAUGGAACAGAUGGCUAAAGAACAAGAUCGGGAGACUGACAAGCAAAGCAUCUUGAGUGAAACUGAAGGCCAUCGUAAGCAAAUGUUAAGUAAUCAGAUGGCAUGGAGAAAGGCAAAUCUGGCCAGCAAACUGGCCAUUGAUAACCUGGAGAAAGAUGAACUUCUUGAUGGGGGAAAUUCUGUGAGGCAAAGGAAGGCCACUAAAGAGGGUAUGGUGCAGACUUCCAGUGACAUCACAGAGAAUUUGAUGAGCAUCAGCCGUAUGAUGGCACAACAGGUGCAUCAAAGCGAGGAGACCAUCACCACUUUGGCAACGUCUUCAAGAACUGUACACGAGUCGAAUGAAGAAUUUAAAGCUAUGACGGGAACCAUUCAUUUGGGAAGAAAACUGAUUCUGAAAUAUAAUCGUCGUGAACUGACCGACAAACUGCUCAUCUUUUUAGCACUCGCUCUGUUUAUCGCUACAGUUCUCUACAUUUUGAAGAAAAGACUCUUUCCAUUUAUUUAGCUGAAAAAGGACCCGCUUCGACUUUCCACAGCUUUCUGUAAAUUUUCUGUAAUUUUUUUUCAGUAGGCUUUUAAAUGUUUCAUAUAAGAUUCACUCCAUAAUUCUGAAGGUAAACCUGGCUUUAAUGACUAGCAGAGGAUUUUCUUGUCAGCGAGAAGCGAUGCACAUUAAUAACCAUGACUGCUAAUUCCAUUCAGGAAUUAUAAUGAUGAAAAUAACCAUUUUGUCAGUCAAAGAUUUUUACAAUGUCAGUUUGUUGGACAAAAUAUACUGUACUUAGUAUUACAAAUUUACUAAGUACUUAGUAUUCACUGGUGUGAAGGCAGAAUAUUAAAGUGCAAUUACAAAAUCUUGUUUUUCAGUUCCAGAACAGAAAAAAAUAUAUUUUUUAUUAUAUUUGGAUAUUCAUUUGCAUAUUUGUAUCUUUUGUACAAUUGAAAUCAAUAUUGUUCUUUGGAUAAGCAUACACUAAAUCUGCAUCUGUGAGAUUUUGUGCCUUAUGAAUGUGAAGCAUUUACAAAAGACUCUGAUAAUAACACAUCUUAUUACUUAAUUUUCUAAAUGUAGUAAAUUAAAUGGAUAUCUUGUUUAAUAAGCUCUAACAGUCCUGACAAUGGUCAUUGACAAUGAAAGUGACUAUUCUCUAUUAAAUGUUUCCAGAAAAAACAAGUUUGAGGCGUCUCUAGAAAUAGUCAUUAGUGAAACUAACCACUAGAUGGUGUUAGUGAGCUCGUGUCCUUGUUUCAUUGAUGUCAACGGAAGUACUCUGUACAAUAUUUCAUUUGAUUGAUAUAAGGGUGGUUUCCCGGACAGGGAUUAGCUUAAUCCAGGACUAGGCCUUAGUUUAAUUAGGAAAUAUAACUAGUUUUAACAAAUAUGCCUUACUAAAAACAUUAUCUGUGUGCAUUUUGAGGCAAAACAAAGGGCCCUGAUGUAUUUUAAGAUAUGUCAGUGCAAGUUGUUUUCAGUUUGGACAGCUCUUAAAAAUGUUUUAGUCUAGGACUAGUCUAAUCCCUGUCCGAGAAACCGCCCCAUAAUUGCACAUUUGUUAAUCUUGAAAUAGACUGCACUGCACUCUAUCUGCAUUAUUAAUUUAUAAGAUUUAUAAAACAAUGUCUUAUUUUCAUCCAGGAAUGAAAUAAAAACGUCUGAAUUAAUGACAGCAGUGCUUGUGUUGCUCAUAAUAAGUUUAAUCAUUUACUUUGAUGUGACAGCCAUGUAUUAUUUAGUCUGUAGAUGCACAGCACAAAACAAACACUGUGGUCUUGGUUUCUAAGGACUAAAGAUACAUACUCGAG